AUGCAGGGAGCACACACCUUACCUCCCUCUUCUCUCCCUCCCUUCCACGCUUUCUUGCUCCCUCACUCGCGUCUCCUCACUCGGCGGCAGCCACGCACAACACAACACCUGACGCGCACACACAUGCACACACACACACGGACACUAAGCGGCAUCCUCAACACAAAGUCAGACGCCCUUGGACUGCAGCGGGGGAGAAUGCGUGUGCGCUCCUGGGUGUUUGGUGAGACGGGCGUGGUCCUGCUGGCCGUCCUCACGCUGAUGAUGUCUGUGGGACGCCUCGCCACCACAGCCACUGCACCUUUGCAGGAGGAAAGCAGCGUAGCCUCCAACAGCCUGGAAGAGAGCCAGGUGACGGCGUUCUGGUGGGGCGAGUGGGCUAAGUGGACGGCAUGCACGCGCACUUGCGGCGGCGGCGUCAAGUCACAGGAGAGACACUGCCUCAAACAGCGAAAGAAAGUUGCUGCAUUCAAGGACAACAUGACGUGCUCAGGAACCUCCAAGAGAUACCACCUGUGCAACGCACAAGACUGUCCGGCCAGUGGCCAAAGCUUCCGGGAGGAGCAGUGCUGGUCCUUCAACUCGCAGCUCUACGGUGGCCACAGCUACCAGUGGAAACCUCUCUAUCCGGACGACUAUGUGCACAUCUCCAGCAACCCGUGCGACCUCCACUGCACUACCGCCGAUGGCCAGCGUCAGCUGAUGGUAGCUGCGCGCGACGGCACGUCCUGCAAGUACAGCAGCUACCGCGGCGUCUGCGUGGAUGGUAAGUGUGAGCCAAUCGGAUGCGAUGGCGUUCUCUUUUCAUCCAACACACUCGACAAGUGUGGAGUCUGCCAGGGUGACGGCAGCAGCUGCAGCAGAGUCACUGGAAACUUUCGCCGCGGGGCCACCACGCUCGGUUACGCCUUCAUCACGCAAAUCCCUGAAGGAUCAUGGGACAUCCAGGUCAUCGAGAGGAAGAAGUCAGCCGACGUUCUCGCCGUGACUGACCAGGCGGGGAACUUCUUCUUCAACGGUGCCUACAAGGUGGACAGCCCUCAGAACUUCCAUGUGGCGGGCACUGUCUUCAAGUACCGCCGCCCCAUGGACGUCUAUGAGACGGGCAUCGAGUACAUUGUCGCCAAAGGGCCCCUGGACCAGCCCGUGAACAUCCUGGUGUGGAAUCAGAAUGGCCGCACGCCGUACAUCACGUACGAGUACACAGUACUGAGAGACUCCCUGCCGCCCAUGCCGCCGCCGCCUGUUUACACGGGCGCUGACAGCUCAGUGGAGGCUGGGCCCCUGCCGGCGCACAACGCCGCCACGACCAGCAGACGCCCAGCUGGGGGGCGUAUGGAGGGGCCGGGGGGCGCCGCACAGCAGGAGACCAAUGAAGUCUACGAGGAGACCGCACACAUACACUGUGACACGGACACACACUAUACAGAGGGCAACAGCAGCGAUACAGGGAGCACCGCCAACCCAGUCCCCGCCGACGUGCCCCUGGACCCUGAGGCUGAUGCCCCUAACCUUAUCUGGAGGGUCCUGCUGGAAGGACGCUUGAGCCCGGAGGAGCUGCUCAUUAAUAUUUCCACCAAUCAGCUGCUGGAGAUGGAAGGAGAUGGCUUGUUCUCUGCUGGCCCUGGCAGCCCGGAGCCCGACGGACCGCUUGUACUCAACCAGACCCUAGAGUUCACGCUCGGACGCAAACGCAAUGACAGCAGCGCAGACAUCUUCUACCACAACAAGACGCUCCACGCCGCGGGCAGGGCCGGCGGACGCUCCAACAGAACAAGGGGGAAUUCAAGGCUCUACCAAAAGAACCUGAAGCUGAGUCCGGCCGACAUGUAUCGCUGGAAGCUUUCUUCUCAGGAGCCCUGCAGUAUGACCUGCUCCAUCGGCGUGUCCAAGUCCUUUGUCACGUGCAUCCGCUACGACGGUGUGGAAGUGCACGACAUGUAUUGCGACGCGUUGACCCGACCGGAACCGGUCCACGACUUCUGCAUCGGGCGGGAGUGUCAGCCCAGGUGGGAGGCCAGCAGCUGGAGCGAGUGUUCGCGGACCUGCGGCGAAGGUUUCCAGUUCCGGCAGGUCCGAUGCUGGAAGAUGCUGUCACCUGGCCUGGACAGCUCCGUCUACAGCGACUUGUGCACCAUGGCGGACCUGGACAGACCCGUGGAGAGACGGCCCUGCAAGAGUCCUGCAUGCGGCCCGCAGUGGGAGGUGGCCGAGUGGACAGAGUGUACUGCAAAGUGUGGCCGAAGAGAUCAGUUGACCCGUGACGUGCGCUGCUCCGAAGAAAGUCGCCCGUGUGACCCCAUGACCAAACCACCUGGUGUCAAGAACUGCACAGGUCCGCCCUGCGAACGCCACUGGACUGUGUCCGAAUGGGGGCCCUGCUCAGGCCCAUGCCCGCACGGGAGGAUGGUGCGCCAUGUGUACUGCAAGGCCCCCGAGGGCCGGGUGGUGGCCGAGGAUCAGUGCCCUGGGGACGAGAAGCCGCUCGCCGUUCAGCCCUGUGGGGAGAGGGACUGUCCUGCCCACUGGUUGAAUCAGGACUGGAAAAAGUGUAACACCACAUGUGGCCGCGGUGUCAAGCGGAGGAUCGUCCAGUGUGUGGGGAUCAGCGGCGGUAAGUUCCUGGUCUUUGAGGAGGAGGCGUGCGGCGCCGACGAGCGGCCCGAAGAUGAGAGCACCUGCUUCGAGAGGCCAUGCUUCAAGUGGUACACCACACCCUGGUCCGAGUGCACCAAGACGUGCGGUGUGGGCGUGAGGAUGCGUGACGUCAAGUGUUACCAGGACCGCGAACUGGUGCGAGGCUGCGACCCACUCACCAAGCCUGUGUCCAAACAGACAUGCAGUCUGCAGCCUUGUCCCACUGAGCCGCCAGAUGAGAGCUGCCAGGACCGGCCCACCACCAACUGUCUGCUGGCUCUCAAGGUCAACCUGUGCAGUCACUGGUACUACAGCAAAGCCUGCUGCCACUCCUGCCGGGCCCUACGAUCGCCCGUGUCCUAGAGCCCCAAGCCCCGCCGCCUUUCCCAAAACCCGUGCACAUGGAUUUUGUUCAUCAGGUAGCCCGAGUGCAACGUUUACAUUCUCAAAAGACAAAGUCAACACACACAAAAAGUUUAACAGCUUUGCUGGCUGUCAGGCUUCCUCAGACGGGGCAUUAGAACCUUUUGGUUUAUACCAGAAUCCUGCACUCUCAUCUUUUCGCAUCAUCCCUCACUCUCCCCCUACCUCUCAUUCUCCUUUAUUCCCAGCAGCCUUCCCUCAUGCUAUCUUUCCAUUUCUCCCUCUUUUCCAUCAUCCUCACUCUAACAUGCUUCUCUCUCCACUGCUUUCUUUUCCCCAGCCUUCAUCACUCUCUCACUUCCCCAUCGUCCCUAUGCUCCCUUGCGCUAUCAACGUCCCUCUGUUUCUUUCAUCAUCUCUCUGUCCUUAUGCCCAUCAACUUUCACUCUCUCUUUCUCACUCCUUUUUCCCCCCUUCAUCCUCUCUUGCUUUUGUUCUCAUCAUUCUUGCUUUCUCCCAUCGCGCUGGUCUUUCUCUAUUUCUUUCUCAUCAUUCUCCCUCUCUUUUUCACAUUAUUCUCUGUCUUUGUUCUUCCCAUCAUAAUUCAUUCUCUUUUGUCCAUCGUCCUUCUAUCUCUUUCUCAUCACUUUUUUCUUUCCCAUCGUCCUUCCCUCUCUCUUUCUCAUUUCAUCAUUCUCACUUGUUCACAUCUUUCUCUUUCUCUGCCUCUCUCUCUUUCUUUCUCUCAUUCCCCGUCACUCUUCAUCCCAUCAUCCUUUGCUGUCUUUUUCUCAUCAUCCUUCAAAUGCUUUCUCUUUAUACAUCACCCCCUCACUCUCAUUCUCAUCAUCUCUCCCUCAUUCACUUUCUCGCGCACUUGUGUGUCUUCAACCCUCAGCUUAAAUUAGCCUUUAAACUUGAACCAGAACAAUGGUGAUGAUGCCGAUGAUCAAGAUGAAGAUCCUCUCCUCCUGCAGCCUGACAGCAAAUGGUGUGCGCCUCUCUCGACAAGACAAUCUUCCGUUCAAUCAUUAAAUAUUAUUUAACAGUGACAGAGAGUGAAAUGUGCACGCUGGCGUAUUUAUUAGUCAUCGCACAUUUAAAAAAAAAAACAAAAAAAAACAUUAUCGUUAUUAUUUUUUCACAUUAGCACGACCGCCUGACGUUUCUCCGCCGGGACCAAAAAAGAAAAAGGAGAAAAAAGAAAAAUGAUGGCCGACAGAGGAGCCGAGAUUCCUGACACUUGAAAUGUAUUCAGACGUGUUUUACUUUCUGUCUUUGAUAAAUAUAAAUAUAACGGAUACCUCUUUGUACGACGCGGCAGGACGCACAAACCGAUGUUGUUAAUAAACACAACAAAAUGUACACUUCUCUCUUAGCUGGACUUUUCAUUUUUACACUGCCUCUCUUUUACAGCAAUAAUACCGAUUUGGGGGUGGGGGGGGCUAAAUGCACGUUACACCAGUGUAGGUGACAGCAUGUAAGACUGUGUUACACCAUGUUACAGUAUGCGUGACAGUGUCUUACAACAUAACUGAAUGUGUUAAAAUGUGUUACGGUGUAUGUUACAAUGUGUUACUUCAUUGUUACAGUUUGCAUUACACUGUGUUACAGAGUCGUGUGACAGGAUCUUUCAAUAUGUGCGUUACAGUAUAAGUGACUGUCUUACAAUAUCAAUAAGUGUGUUACGGUGUGUGUUACGUUGUGUUAGUUACAGUGUUACACUCUGUUAGAGUACGGGUAACACUGUCUUUUAACAUAAGUGAGUGUGUUACAGUGUUGUUACAGCGUAGGUGAACGUGUCUUACAAUAUGUACAUUUGUAUUACGUGUUACAGUCUAUGUGGUGGCAUGUAACAGUGCCAGUGUUACAGUGCUAGUGUUACAGUGUCAGUCUUAAGCAGUGUUACUAUGUGGGGGACAGUUUAUGUGACGGUGUUACACAGUGCUAGAGUAUCUUUCAGUAUAAGGGAGUGUGUUACACUUUAGGUGAAAGUGUUUUAUGGUAUAACUGUGUGUGUCACAAUGUGUUACAGUGUACGUGACAGUGUUAUGCCUUGUUACAAUAUGGGUGACAGUGUGUUACAAUACAGGUGAGUGUCCUCUAAUAUUGUUACGUGUACAAUGUCUUAAAAUAUAACUGAGUUACACUAUGCUACAUUGUAAGUAACAGUGUGUUACAUUAUAGGUGACACUGUGUUACAUUCUAGGUGACGGUCUCACAUAAGUGAGUGCGUUACAGUGUAGACAGCAAUGUGUUACAUUAUAACGGAGCGUGUUACAAUGUGUUAGUGUAGUUGACACUUGUACUUGUACGUGUACUUAAUUGUAGGUCAAAUUACAGUAUGUGCUAAAUUAACGAGCAUCAAUUGGAAGACUCCAUUAGGUAUCAUAAAAUAUUUAUUAAAACAUUGAAUCAUUAAUGUUUUGGGUGGGAGGCUACUGUCAUGUUUAUUUCAUUGUCUGGAUAAUUAAUGAAAAUUUGAA